CUCUGCGACCAGACUCACUGGGACAUUGAUAUCAGUGAACGGAUUUCCUCGAGAAACUCGCGUUGGGCUCCUAGCGUAGCAGCUUACCUUAGCCAUGGACAAACGUCUGCAUGACGACCCUGAAGAACGCCUGCUCGACGGCAGUGUUGAAUUUCAUGACUGCAACCAAUGCCGUCAACGGCCAGACAAUAGACGGGUGAGCGAGAAUGCCAUCAGACUUGCAAUCGUCUCGUUGUUGGUCUACAUCGCCGCAGUCUUGACCUUUCUGGUUGCUUCGAAGCAGCAUGGCGGCCAACAAACCCCAAGCGACGCUCCCAGCUCGCACUCUGUGCUGCCCAAGGAUGUCGUGCAGUACGAAGAUAGGCCCGAGUGGGAAGAGCUGAAGCACCCAUGGAGCUUAGAGCCCUCAGAUGAAUUAGACAUGGCCUGGAAAGACUUGCUCUAUGCCAUAAACAUCCGCAUCACACCCAGCGAACUAGACGAGCUCGGAGAGAACAAAACCAACCGCGUCCAGGUCAACGGCGGCGACUACGCCGGCGUACUCGGCGUAUAUCACCACCUGCAUUGCCUCAACAAUCUCCGCCGGCUCAUCCACUGGGACUACUACGGGCCGCGACUUGCCAACACGAAGCACCCUGAGGGAUUUGCCAAGGAGCAUUCAAACCACUGCAUCGACGCCAUGCGCCAGACGCUCCUAUGCCACGCCAAUACGGCUAUUUACACGGUCGAGUAUACGGGCAACCCCCGGUCGCCCGUCGGCAGGGACUUGAAGUCGCGCGCCGUAACAAAGUGCGUCAACUGGGAUGCCCUCAACGGCUGGGCACGCCAGAGAGCACUUGUACCCGGGCAGUACUCGUAUAUCCUACGACCGACGAAUCAAGCUGGCUGAGUACGGUACUGGUGUAAUAUGGAGUCCGUGAAAGGGAGAAUGGUGUAAAAAGGGGUAACUAAUAUGUUAUUGCCCCUUUUUCUUGUUGACCCAUCAAGUCGUUUAGGCUCUUACUUAUUGCUACUAGCACUGAGUACGCAACCUGCCCCGUAGCAGUUGAUGAUGGAUCAGGGAAAAUUGAGCGUGAUCUCAGCUGGAUUCGACGAAUGAAGAGUACGAGUAUGCCAGUCCCGGUACUGAGAAUUGAAGUGUGUACUGGUACAUAGGUACCUGAUUCAGCUGAUCUGGUGCUGGUGCUGUCAGUUACCCAUAACCAGGCGCUUUCAAUGCCGGUAGCAUUCAGUAAGAGACGGAUAUACC